ACUCAGUACAGAAAUGGCUGCUUGCGUUUUGAGACGGGGUUUGCUCUCUGCACUGAAUAAAUAUAACAAAAGCAAUUCGUUAAGGGCUUUAAGUUUUGAAUACAGCGACAGGCACGACAAACACAGACUCAGGUCGCUGUGCGCGGUCUGUAGUUUGAAAACGCAACACUCACGGUUUCUCUCCUCAAGAAAUAGACCAGAGGGUAAAGUGUUAGAGACGGUGGGCGUGUUUGAGUCACUAAAGCAGCACGGGAAAUAUGAAACGGGACAGUUGUUCUUGCACAGUGUGUUUGGAUACAGAGGGAUAGUCCUGUUCCCAUGGCACGCCAGGCUGUACGAUCGCGAUGUUACCCCUCCUGCCCCAGAAAGCAAACCAGACAGCCCAGGAAGUCCCGGUUCCAAAGAGGUCAAGGGUAAAACACACACAUACUACCAGGUCCUGAUUGACACCAGGGACUGCCCGCACAUAUCUCAGAGAUCGCAGACAGAAGCGGUCACAUUUCUGGCCAAUCACGAUGACAGCAGAGCUCUCUAUGCUAUUCCAGGGUUAGACUAUGUGAGCCAUGAGGACAUCCUGCCCUACAAUUCCUCCGACCAGAUCCCCAUCCAACACGAGCUCUUUGAGCGCUUCCUCCAGUACAGCCCCUCCAAAGAUUCCAGUUCUUGCCCCGAGACGCCCCCGUUCACUGCCCGGGACACGCUGCGGGCCUGGCAGGAGAAGAACCACCCCUGGCUGGAGCUCUCUGACGUGCACAGAGAGACCACCGAGAAUAUCCGUGUCACAGUCAUCCCCUUCUACAUGGGCAUGCGGGAAGCCCAGAAUUCACACGUUUAUUGGUGGCGUUACUGUAUCCGGCUGGAGAACCUGGGAGAGGAAGUGGUUCAGCUGAGAGAAAGACACUGGAGGAUCUUCAGCCUGUCAGGAACUCUGGAGACCGUGAGAGGCCGCGGGGUGGUGGGCAGGGAGCCGGUGUUAUCGAAAGAGCAGCCAGCGUUUCAGUACAGCAGCCACGUCUCUCUACAGGCACCCAGUGGCCAUAUGUGGGGUUCGUAUCGUCUCGAGAGGGCCAGCGGCACCUUCUUCGACAUCCGCAUCCCACCCUUUUCACUCGAAAGCAAGAAAGACGAUUCGCCCAACGGCUUCCUACCAGGGCCAUUCGCAUCCCUAGUCUGAGCCAAAAAAAGAAACCACUUUAAAUGAGAGAGAGAGAGAGAGGCAUUGCCGUAGAUUGUAUGCCUAGUUAUUAUGUUUAGUAUUUACUGUAUGCAGUAUACAUGCAAUCAACAUACUGUAAAAAUAAAGCUCCCCUCCCCUCCCCCAAUUCCUUUGCAAAUGAGCCAGUACAGGUUUUACUAAAAAGCCUUAGCGGUGACUCCUUUGUCUAAACUCGGGUGAACCAGUUUCUGCUCGUAGUAAAAUCUGGUAAGGCUCAGUUUUGCAGUGCAACUGGAGUAGUAUUUACCUUUUCAAACUGCGAGGGUCACUUAACCAGGCUAAGGAAUAAGCAGACGCCUGCACGCCUUGCUGUAACUCCUAGCGUAUCAAACACUGUCUCAUGUGCCCUGUAUAUUAAAGCUGUAUGUACAGCGAAUGUAAUAUAAUGUAGAAAUCUGUGCUAAUGUUUUAUUUGUAAUAUAUGUAGAAUAUAUGAGAUUUGGCGUUUUAUGGAUGAUCAUUGAACGAAUUAUGUAUUUAUUUUUCUUCAGUGUUGCUAGUGCAGAAGCAUGGUGGUAUCAGAUCAGUGUCUAUUGAGAAACGGUUCUAAACCUGUAUUGCUGUCCUGUGCACACUGAAUUCAGUGCUUUGAGCCUCAAUUGCAGGCUACUUUGCUUCAGGAGAGUACAACUAAGAAAUGAAAUAAGAGCUGGUUGCAAAAACCUGAGCUUUUACAAUCCUUGCAGUGCUUGUAGGAAGUGCAAGAUGACACGAAGGCAAGGAUUGCGUUUUCUUUAUAGCGAGUGGAAGAGCAUGACGGGUGGAGAUAUGCUGAAGUGGCAUGUUGCUGAUUUUUAGGGUGUCUAUGAACUAACUUAAAGGGAUACUUCAAUUAGCUACAUGUUGUGUCUGUUUCUCUGCUGUCUCUUUCCUCCCUUUUGUAUUCCCCUUGCUUACUAACCCAAAGCAAAUAUAAUACUGAAUUAAUGAAGUGGUAGAUAACCAAUUUUGGGCAAUGUUUUUAAAUGCUUAGUGCUGGUAGUAAACUAAACUUCAAAUAGACAAGGUGCUGAUUUUAUUGUAUUUAAAUAUUUCAUUGGGCUGUAAUCAUCUUUGAACAGGUAGAUUUUUUUUUGGUUUUGUUUUUUGCUGCAGAACAGCAGCACGUAAAUAUCCCUGAAAAGCAGUUUUGUUUCGUUGCCUUGUUGUUUCUUUUUUAAAAACCACACUGGCCAAGGAAGUAACACCGAGCAAUGUGUUUGUUAUAAAGACACCAGUGUUCUGUAUCGCUGUCAGAUCCUUUCAAUUAUCCUUCAGUACCCUUCUCGUGACCCAGCUCAAGUUUUGAUUUUGAUGUUGUGCAAUUUGAAAAGAACUCCCACAUAGAGCACUGCUGUGUUCUCACAAGUGCGUCCCUAAAACCACACAAGACCAGCAAGAUGGGCCUCCAUAUGUAAAGCAGUGAUCUCAAACUAAUGGCAAGCCUGGUCCGGGGUCUCUCCUGAUACACAGAAGCUCAUCAGUGACUCUGGGCUUGCCAGUACUCUCAUAUCUACUGCCUGAUUGACCGUGUUGCAGUGAAUGCUGCCCAGGUCAUGAAAGUGGCUUGUUCAAGGCUGGGUGGUGAAGGGCCAGGUCUUGCCUGGCUGUUGAUUGGUUGUUUCCGUCUUCCGCAGGGGGACGUACUCCUUCCAGCGGACGAACGGCAACCUCUUCGAAGUUUCAGUCCCGUCAUUUUCUCUCGACAGCCAGGAGCACCCCGAGGGACCCUACGCUUACCUUUUAUAAAAAAGAAAGAGAUUUCCUUUCAAUUGGUGCUAAGAAUGUACAUCCGUUUGUACAACAAGAAGCAAAGUAAUAAGAUCAGGUUUACAAUUGCUAUGCGUUCUCCCCAGCACAAGAACCGAGUUUGGUUUCUUAAACGUUUCUGUGUUCGUCCGUGAAUUCUGACACUCUUGGCAGGAAUUCCAGAGGUAACUAGGUUUUAAAUGUUUGGCUCGGGCUGCCUUCUGGUUAUUUUAUUUAGGGAAAUGGUGCGCUUUGUGUGCUGGGUCCAGAGAUUUGAAUGGUUUGAUUGGGGGGGUCAGUCGUCUUCCAUGUGUAGAGGUAGAGCAGGCUGAUCUCCAGGGAGCAGCUUUACUAGCAGUCACAUGAUGCAGCACCCUGUCUUUUUACAAUAAUCUCAUUACUAACUGUUACUGCCUUUGACAGUCUACGUUGUAUUGUAUUUGAUCCGCGUUGGCUUUUUAAGACUAACGUGUGUUUUAAUGCCUGUAAUCGUGAGGUGGUUGUUCUCAUUAAUUUUGUUAUUUUAUAAUGGAAGCCCUGUAUUGCUUAAAGAAGCUUAUAACACUCACAGAUGUCAGGAAAUACAAUCUAACACAAGUAUUCUUAAGUAUGUGUUCUAUAGUAACAUGCACUGUAUGUGUCAUUUUCUCUAGAAACUCCUGUUUUAUGUGCAUUGGGUAAACACAACUUUAAACACUAGUGUAGGGUUGCAAGGAUCAUUCAAAUUAAUCUGGAGUUUUGAGGCUCAAGUCUUGAUCUUGUGGGUUUAGGUCAGUAUUCAGCCCCGUCUCCAGUUUACUAACUUUUCAAAGUUAAUUCUGCGUAGUGACAGAAGUAAAAAAAAAAAAAACAAUCUUUACACCUUUGUGUAAAUAAUCUUUAGACCUUUAAGUGCAAUUUGCAUCGUUUUGUGUGAAAGGAAAUUAAAAGCUGAUGUUAUAAAAUUAAGAAAGGGCACAGAAGUUUAAUGUAAGAGUUUUGAAAGUGUAACGAAGUUGCUGACUAGUUUCAUGACACUAUUUUUAAAACAGUCUGAAUUAAUAUUGAAAAGCUUUGAUUGCACAAACAGGGAGGCACAUCUGUACUGAAUCCAGUAAAAGCUGUGAAAUGAAUACUCUCUGCUGUUGUAUCAGUGCAGUUAUAAGCAAGCUGUUUUCUAAACUGUAUCGACAUUUAUUUGUAUCAGAAAACAAAUAAAAGGUCUAAUUUAUCAGUCAGCUUUUUCUCGUUUCAUUUUUAUGUAAUGUUUUAUUUGUGCCUGACUGGUGCAAAUUAAAACCAGGUCCAAUCCAGUAUUAAGUACAAAGAUCUGUGGCAGUAGUAAGGUAAAUGAUUGUUACAAAGUGCUAGCCUAGUUUUACAUUGUGCUUUUCCUGUCAUUAGUUCUAUGAAUGACCCUUCUCUUGCAUUGUAUUCUUACUACUGUAUAAACGCUAAAGCCGAGGGAACACAAAGCCACUUUGUGGCUUAGAAGUGGGUUUCAGGCCACUGCAUGGCACACCAGGGGAGACUUGAGGUUUGAUACUGCAGAGUUGCCUCAAACUGUCAAACCACUGUUCCUGAAAGUUGUGUUAAAGCCAGCAUCUGUUUUUGCCAUGCAUAUUUCUGAUAAGUCGAUUGUGAUCGUUUUUUUUAAAUGUUAUCCAGUUCCAAACUUUGUCAACUGUUAACGCCCCAAGCUACUGAUGUAAUUGUGCCUUUUAAAAACAGAUUGCAAUUGAAAUGUGAACGCUGUUUGAGAACACAAAGCCAGUGCUGCUCCCAGAACCCCCUUUCCUUUAUCUGCGCCCUCCUCCUCCUUGUCAUCUCACAGGGGCACCUUCCGCAUGGAGAGGCCCGACGGCUCCCACUACGACGUGCGCAUCCCCCCCUUCUCCCUGGAGAGCAACAAGGACGACAAGGCGCCCCCUGCAGGCUACAGCUGGUAGAGCAGGGCAGAGAGAAGCCCACGGCAGUGAGACCCAACGAUCCUGCCAAACGUAACCUUUUUCAAUGUGUUUGUAUUUGUCCUUUGAAAUCCACGAGUCAUACCUGAAGCUGAGCUACUUGUUCAAAAACAGCAGAAUGAAAUUGCCAUGGAACAGCUUGUCAAUAAAGACGUUCUGCAAAGACAGAAGCAGUAGUUCUGUCCUAUUUGAAUAAUAUCAUUGGGGGACAAAGUGUAAGCAUUCUUCAAUUUUUUCACACAAAUGUUACAAAGUUUGAUUUAAAAAUCUGUAUAUCUUAAAAUUCAAGACUUCACGCACAUGUUUGUACAAUGAGGCUGUGCUUGCUGCAGGUACAAUUGGUAAGGUCUCAUAGCGGUUGCAUAUCUGUGCUCAUAAUGCAUGUGCAAAGCUCCAGUUAGAAGGGAUCCUGUUGUGCCCCAGACCCCCUCCCCUCCGCAGCAGAAAAGACAGGAUGCAAAACGUUACAGCAUGGAAAGGAUUUGAGAGAAAGAUAACUGAAUAAAGUUCAGGGACAGGAACAUACAAAAUAACUUAAAAUAACAAUGAUAAUAAUAAACUAAAAAAAAAGUAUGCUUUGUUGUUGUCUGUAAAUAAACUGUAAAAACAAUUCAAUAAAACAUUUUUUUUGGAA